CAUACGCGCCAGCCUCGUUGAGAAUCUUUUUCUUUUCAUUUUGUUCCAUUGGCUCCAUACGAAAUCCGGCGACUAUUUGAAUUUCAAACUCGGCGUCCUUAAAACUACGCGUUGAAGUCAACGUCUCUCACGCACCACGCGUAAUACUAUAAAUUUAACGUCAUGCGCCUAAAUUAUUGUUUUUGUUUUUUUUUUCUCUAAACGCCUUCUCAAUUUUACUACCGAUAUUUCUUGAGAUGGCUUCGUCCGCUACCACAACGACGUCGUAUUUGUGUUAUAGGUGCAACCGGUUCGUACGGAUUUGCGUAAACGAAUCGGUCGCUUGCCCCCACUGCCAAACUGGGUUUUUAGAAGAGAUCGAGUCAACACCUUCGCCAUUGCCGGAACCGGUUGCGGAGACUACUCACCGCCAUCCUUUUGUAGCUACUUACAUGUUUGGUGAAGAAUCUGCUCAAAUCCCGAGUUCACGUAGGGUUCGCCGUGGAUCUUCUCGCCGAUCCGCUUUGAACCCUGUAAUCGUCUUACGUGGCACCGUCGAGGAAGGAGGUGAUGGUGGUUUGGUUGAGGGCGAGAGGAAUAGCUUUCAGUUGUUCUACGACGACGGUGCCGGUUCGGGUCUCCGGCCUCUCCCGACGAGUAUGUCCGAGUUUUUAAUGGGUUCCGGUAUGGAUAGGUUGUUGGAACAGCUUGCUCAGAUUGAAGUUACCGGUUUUGGAAGAUCCGAAAAUCCACCGGCCUCCAAAGCUGCGAUUGAGUCGAUGCCGACGAUUGAGAUCGUCGAUAGUCAUGUAGGUUCAGAAUCGCACUGUGCAGUGUGUAAAGAAGCUUUCGAGCUGGGUACGGAGGCCCGAGAAAUGCCCUGUAAGCAUAUAUACCACUCUGACUGUAUCCUUCCAUGGCUUUCUCUCCGAAACUCUUGCCCAGUUUGCCGGCUCGAGCUUCCGACGAACCAAACCACAGCUGAUCCAAAGCUGUCGCCGGCGGCCGUAGACGAAGAGACUGUUGGUUUGACUAUUUGGAGGCUUCCAGGAGGUGGUUUUGCGGUUGGGAGAUUUUUCUCGGGCGGAAGAGGCGGCGAGAGGGAAGUACCUGUCGUUUAUACAGAAAUUGAUGGUGGGCUCCAUUCGGGUGGGGCUCCGAGAAGGGUUUCAUGGGUAUCGAGAAGAAAUAGAGGAGGAGGAGAGAGUCAUGGAAUCGGCAGUGUUUUUCGUAACAUGUUCUCGUUUUUGGGGAGAAUAAGACCCAAUUCUAAUUCGUCUUCUUCAUCGAGUCGGACUCAUACUGAAUCUGGUUCUCUUAAUCGUAGUCGUAGUUACUCAAUUGGUUCAGUGUUCAGUAGGCAUAUGCGGAGGCGUAACAGAGCUUGGGUUUUGGAUGAUCAGACUGGAAAUGAACGGUGGUGAUUUUCUUGAAAAUUCUAAACCAACGAAAAAGAAAAAGGUCAAAUUUUGUUGAUUGUUAUUUCCCCUAAAUUUGGAUUUUUUUUUUUCGCAAAAGUUUUUUUUUUGUUUUUUGGUUGAAGAUGUUUGCUUAAUUACUGUACAUAUGUCAUUUAAUUCGAUAAAUUACCAAACUUAAAACCUAAUCUUAAACUAAAUUGUUUUUUUUUAAAAAAAAAAAACCCCAAUUUUUGGUGAAUUUUGCUGAGUCUCUUUCUGCUAUCAACUUUUAUUGAAUUGCACUCUGUCACACGCGCAAGACCCAUCAUGAAUAAUGGAGGAAUGCUUUAAGCACUACAAAUGAUUGUCUUUCCGGCAAAAUCUUCUCAACUUUCGUUUUAUUUGUAUUAAUUUGGUAAGUUUAAAUUUUAAGAGUAAAAGUCUAAAUUACUGAA